GAACGCUAAACUGAACUGAAUUGAACAACAGUUCUUGCACUUUCUAGGAAGAGUUGUAUUUUUAUAUUAACGUAUACGUGUGUGCCGAAGAGGCGCGUAUAUACCCUAAAAGGAUCGUGUGAUUUAGUCCGCGAUCUAAAAUGAUAAAGGAUACUUGAUUUAUCAUUUAAAGUGAUCUUAUUUGAUGGAUAUAAUGACGGAGAACUCCGAAAUCACUUCGGAAGCGACAUCAGAUACACCACCAUCCGAGUCUCCAAAAAAACCCGUCAAGUCGAACGCUGUCGUAAAGUAUUCUGCAGUUUCAACUCCAGCAACAUUUGCUCAGCUACAAUGCAACACGGACUUGAAUCAUCCACCCAGCAACUGGCUGAGCACCUCAGCGGAAAGUUAUGGGUUGCAAAACGUGUGGUCCAGAAACACUGGAUUUUCCAGUUUUCGCAUGGCUCACAUGUUCCCCGACUGCGUUGGAGAGGUAGAUGUGGUCUCAGAUGCAGAAAACAUAAAAAAACUCCUAAAGAUACCCUAUAGUGACGGGACUAUAUCAAUGAUGGUACACAGGAUAGAAAAUACACUGUUGCUCGAUGACUUUGAUAUUCACAAGUAUUUGCUGAGACAAGCAGAGAAUGACUGGGAGUGGCUGAAAAAGUUUUUCUACGAGCACGUUUUUCACAAUUUGGGUGAUAAAGAAAAACGACUCUAUCCAAAGGCAAACAGCAGAAAUGCUCUCCAGCAAAAAAAUUUGAUUUCGAAAUUUUUUUACCACUCCUUGCUGCUUACCGAUAAACAGGAGCAUGACGACGAAAAGCCUUCUUUUCCGGUUGAACACAAACUGGAUAGUUCAUUGCCAGAGCCAUCUCAAGAGGAAAAACUGCCGGAUCCACAGUAUAACCACAGUUUUGCCAGAAAUGUCGUGUGGACUUUUGAAAACAUUCAGAUGUUGAUAGGUACUGACAUGCCGAUAUUUGGUGGACAAACUCAUCCUUGCAUAAGCUUGAGACUACGUGAUGCGUCAAAACCAAUCAAUGUCUUGACUGGCAUAGAUUACUGGCUCGACAAUCUCAUGUGCAAUGUGCCAGAAUUGGUCAUGUGCUACCACCUCGAUGGCAUAGUUCAAAAGUAUGAGUUGUUCAAAACCGAAGAUCUCCCAAAUAUAGAUGAUGCAAAGUUCAGUCCUAAAGUGAUCAGAGAUAUCGCUCAAAAUAUACUGAGCUUUUUAAAGAACAAUGCCACAAAGGCCGGACAUACGUACUGGUUGUUCAAAGGUAAGAAUGACGAUGUAGUCAAGUUGUACGAUUUAACGUCGCUCUGCAGCGACAUAGCAGAGGACAAGAGUCAGAAUCCGUUUACAGUUCCCGUUGCCAUGCUGCUCUAUCGCGUAGCUCGAAACAUGAAAAAUUUUUCGGAUUACAAACGCAAUUGCGGCACAAUUAGGAUGUUAUUGAAACAUUGCAUCCAGCUGCUGCCUAAAGAAAAAUACCCGCAGAUCGUAACCUCGGCACACUACAUGUUGGCAGAUUUGUAUGUACCAGCAGAUACGGAUCCAGCUAAUCCGAAUUUGCUCGAUCUGGGUGAAGACGAUGAUGCGCAGAGCGAGUGCGGCGUGAGCAGCGCCCAGAGCGAAAAGAGCGACGAAAAAGUCGAGCUGGAUCUAAAUGCUGCCAUCAAGAGUUUAACUCUAGCCAACAUUAAAGAACAUCACUUAAAAGACCAAGAUUCCGAAGAGUUCAAGUUCAAGCCACCACCGGUAACAGGUACGAUUGAGGAACGCUGUCACAGCGCACUGGAACACGUAUCCCAAGGACUUGAGUGUCUCAAGUAUUUCCCUAUAGAGACGGGUGACGAUAAGACCAAGGAGAAGUUAGAGAAAGAAAAGAUCCAAGAAGAGGAGGCCAACGUUAACAUGGCCAAGCCUUUUAAGGCGAUCCCUAUGCCUUACGCACCGUUAAACGGUGAGACCGUAAGCGUAGAUAAUUCCAGUGUAGAUAGCAGUCCCAAUAAUAAAAAACGAAGCAAGCAGAAGAAAAAAAAGAUCGCAACCAAGCAGAUAAACAGUAACCCAGCCGUUGAGGAAGACGCGGGUUCUAAAGCUCUACUUUGCAAAGGACAAUCGCAAACGAUACCAUUGUGGCAGGCGCCUCAGAAGGACGAUAAUCGUAGUUGGCAGACUCACCUCAAGAUCCUUCUCUAUGAGAAAGCAUCGUUGGCGUUCGUUGUAUUGGCGGAAUACGAGUACCAGAACAAGCGUUACGGUUCAACGUUGCGUUACAUACUAGCUGUGCUUCGUUGUCAAAAGAUGCUCGAGUUGGUCUGUGGUCUGAAGAAUGAUAAACUGAUCAGUUAUUUGUUAGGAAGGGCUGGCGAUUGUUGCUUCAUGACUGUUCAGGAUUGGACAAAUGUUGACAAACACAAGAAUGAUUACGAGACUAAAAAUGUCAUAGAGAACUCUAUUACUGAUGUUAUUUUCACUAUGGAGGGACUAGACAUGAAUGGAGCUGAAAUACUGCCGGAGCAUUUUGAAUCUUUGGAAGUUACUCUUGUCGCCUCUUACAAAUGUUACGAAAAGGCUCUGUUGCUAGAACCUCUGGAAGCAGACAGGAACAAUCUUUUACGUCGAUUGGGAAAUAUCCAUAACGAGCUCGGUGUUUUGUACAUGAAUCAGGAUAAUGCUUGUCUAGACGAAACAACUGACGUGGAUGUUGCGACCGCGGACUCAAUGUCGCCCUUGAAGCGCUCACUCAUGCAUUUCGAAGCGGGUAUCAAGGCCUUCGAGACUGUUCACGACGAGGCGAAUCUUGCUCUCCUGCACUCUAAUACUGGCAGGCUGAUGCGUGUGUGCGCUUACAUCAACAGAAAAAAUCCCUCUCGCGAAAGACACUUUUACAACAAAGCACUGACUAGUUACCAGAAAGCUAUACAGGUACUGGGCACGCGGGAGACGAAUGCUCCGAUCUGGGACAGCGUCAAUUGGGACAUGUCGACCACACUGUUUACCAUGGCCACCCAGCUACAAGACUUUCCCAAUGUUGGCCCCAAAAGCGAAGAAGAGCUGGAGCGCGAAGUAGUGGAGAUCUUUCAGAAAGCUUUGAAAUACUGCGACACGGAGACUCCCGGCCACCGGCAGCCAGUCUAUCAGUUUCGUGCCGCUACUAUACAGCAUCGACUGGCAUCUCUUUACCACAAGAUCUACAGAGAUGACAUUAACAGUCAAGACGAGAAUGCCAAGCGCAAGAAGAGCUUACAAUUGUCAAAAUUAUACUACGAGAAAGCUGCAAAGCUACUUCUUGCCCUAGAACAGACUGCUGAGUUUCUAACUGUACAGUUGGAGCGUGUAGCUCUGGCUGAGUUUCAGGCGCAAUCUAUGAGUUCUUACAAUAGCAAAUUUAAGGCCUACCAAACCUGUUUGGAGCUGAUAAUACAAAGCAAGCCCAUGAUUGACAUAAUAGUGGAACGUCAUAAGAGCGCAGUCAAUAACACAGAGACCGAAACUAAAAAUAAAAAGUUGGAUAAACAGGAAAAAAGUGGUGGUGAUAACAAAGAAAAGAAUGGAGAGUCGGAGGAAAAGAGGACGGAAAAAAAAUUGGUGGAAGACGAGGAAGGUCUCAUUGUGUUGCUGGAGCAGCGUGUGCAAUUUGUCCUUCUAUCCCUGACUAAAUUGCAUCUCAAUAAAAAUACAAAUAAUCAAAACAAAGAACGUGAUAAUAACGCUGCCUUGUACAAAAAAUGUUACGGUCUAACGUUGCGAUCAAAAUCACUAUCUGGUAUCGAUUUAAUGAAACAUGUUGCCAAUGUUUUGGAACAAAUAAACAAGAUUCUUCAGGAAGCAAAAGAAUCUUAGCUUUCAUGCUAUAACGGAUAGACCAAACGACUAAGUUAAGUGAUGUUGAAUAUUUUUUCUCAAGACUUUUGGCGAGUACGCUUGAGCACGAAUCUAUUUGUAAAAAAAAAAAAAAGAAAAAAAAAAGUAACUCGGUAAAAGUUAAUGUAAAAAAGUCAUAUAUCUGUACCUUUGUAUAUAACAACUUACCGUUUUUAUUUCUAUGUUAUUCAUUAUAUAAAAAAACCACUGUUUUAGGCAGCAUGAAAAUGAUUAUUGUGUACAUAUUUCAAAUCAUUACUUAUUAUUCUAAGUAAAUUAAAAUAAAUGAUCUGGAUAAAUCAUUGAAAUAAAUGAAGUAAUCGUGUAUUCGACUU